UUUGUGUGUGGUUUAUCGUUGCGAAAACAGUGAACAGAAAAUGAAGAUACAGGCACUGUCACCGCUUCUCCAACGCCCGUUUCAGCCUCUAUUUCCUCCGCUUUCUCUUGGAUUCACUUUCAAACCUUCUUUUCUAACUCCAACCAAACACGCCCCUUUGCACUCUUCGUUCAUCCUAUUUUCACGUUCUUCGAGGUCAGUUAAGUUUCGUCCCUCUUUUGCAACGGUUACAGAAACCGAAGGGGUUGUUAUUGACGACGGCGACACCGAACCGGGCUUCGUAAACGACGGCGACAACGAGCUGGGCUUUGUUAACAUUGGCUACAUAUCGAGUGUUCAUGGUAUUCAGGGCGAGAUUCGCGUGAAACCAGCCACUGAUUUUCCUGAACUGCGUUUUUCCACUCCUGGGAGAAGAUGGCUGAAGAGCAAGGUUUUGGGUGGACAAAGCAUUCAAGAAGUUGAGCUGGAGGAAGGUAGAGAACACCCUGGACUCAAGAGUUGGAUACUCAAAUUCAGAGGAAUUGACACAGUGGAACAGGCUAAGAUGCUUAUUGGAUCUACGUUGCUUGUGACAAAAGAAGACAGGCCGGAAUUGGAGGAGGGUGAAUUUUACACACAUGAUUUGAUAGGGAUGAAAGUAUUUAUGAAGGAAAAUGGAACACUUGUGGGAACUGUUGUAAAUGUUUUCAAUAGUGGAGCCAACGACCUACUACAAAUUGCACUUGAUUCAUCUUUUGAUAUGCUUGAUAAGAGUGGCAAGUCAAAGUCUGCAGGAACAGAUGUAUCUGAUCAGCUUGUUUUGGUACCUUUUGUUGAAGCCAUUGUUCCAGAUGUUGAUAUGAAAAGAAGAGAAAUGCAUAUUACACCACCUAAGGGACUCCUGGAAUUAAAUUUACGAUUUGAUGGGAGGUCCAAAAAAGAAAGGCGCCAACUUGAAUGGAAAGAAAGAAAAAAGUUUCAAAAGCGUCUCAUUGCAGCAAAAAAGAAACUCUCUGAAAUGGAGCAAAAACAUGUAUUUCAAGGAUAUCACCAUGGAGAGAAAGAUCAAUGGAGCUUGCUUAGUGAUCAGAUUGUUAGUGUAAACUCCAAAUUGCUCCAGGAAGCUUUACAAAGUCUUGAACGUCCAGCAAAGAGAUGGACAGUAGCUGAGUUGACCAGUGCCAUAGAAGCAAAGCUUAUAAAUUCCAUCCAAUUAUCAGAGGAAUAUUUGUCAAAUGGAAGUGAAAAUAAGUUGGUUAGAGAUAUGCAAGAGAAGGGACAUAAGCUCAUGUCUGAGGGCAAAAUGGCUACUGUCUUUCUCUUGAAUGAAAAAGAGCAUCAGGGAAUCAUUUAUGACUCUAACUUCGUAGAAAAUGAAGCAGUUGACACUUCAAUUCUUCAAAUGUUUCAAAAGAUCAAAGGUCGUGAUUCUGUGCCUUUAAUUUUGGUUUCCUCAGCCCAACAAAUUCUGUCUUUAAGAGAUCUGUUUACAAGCAACAAUUACUUCGCUUUUGACUCUGGAAAGGUAUGGUUUUUGGAGGAAGAGAAGCUGCCAGUAGUUAGCAGCUUGCCUGAGGGACAGAACAAAUAUAAGAUUUUAAUGAAAUCACCUUGGGAAAUACUCCAAUCUCCUGUUGGAUCUGGAGGACUUAUUAGCUUGUUUUCAAAACAUGGCAUUGCAGAUAAUCUUAUUGACAUGGGUGUUGAGUACAUUGAGUUAUGCUGCCCAAGUGAAAAAAUUGCUGGGGGAAACUCAUUGCUUCUUGGGUUGGUUGAAUCACGGGAAGCCAAAAUUGGGAUGCAAAUUCGGCGUACGAUAACUGAUCCGGAAAAAUAUUGUAACGCGAUAUUGUCAAUGGACUUCGUCAAGAAGUUGCAGAGCAACAAACUCCAAUUUGAUGCAAUCCCAAGGGCACAUUCCUGUGUUGAAAAAGUUGACAAGGAAUGGGUUACUGUAACCACAUCCACCCCUAACUCAUUUGAGCUUUCUUGUAGUAUAUAUAGUUCCUUGAAUGCAUGCUCUUUGGAUAAGGUUUGUAUAGUGGAUGUCACAGAAUAAUUCAAUGAAUUGUAUAGUGAUGAGGAUUAUUGGAUAGUGUUUCGAAAUACUCAUGUAAAUGAGGAAAAAAGAAAUAGCAAACACCAUAUGCAUCCUUAUUUUAUGAAAGAGAUUACUGAAAUUGGAUA